AUGCCACCUCCCUCGUCACCAUCAGAGUCUCAAGGUGAGAAUCAGCAAAGAGGAAUCCCACAUGACGUGAGAAGAUUCCGCAAUGCCUCAACGGAAUCUUUCCCAACUUUGAACUCGUUAAACGUUAUAUCAGAUCUCAUGUUGCGAGACGAACAUGCAACGCUGCAGGCGACAGAAGAGAGCUCCUUUAGAGCACGUAUCCUUCGUCAUUUUAAUGAUAUAAAUAGGCUACAGAAUCAUUUCAAUAGGCUAGUCAAUCGCGAAGGUGGCAACCAUCAAGCAAAUUUAGAAUUGAAUAACAUACCAACACAGUUGAGAAAUCUCUCUAGAGAAUUGUCACGCUCGGGACGCAGAGAGGCAUAUUUCGUUGAGUCCAGCGAGGAGGAGGAUGAGGAUGAUGAUGAUCAAAGUUUCCACUAUGAAGAGGAUGCAAAUGCUGGAUUAGUAUACUACUCUGAUGAAGAUAACAAUGAAGAUGAUAUGAGCGAAAAUGAUGAAGAUGUUUCAGGACUGCUAAUGGACGAAGCAGGCAUAGUCGUCCAACCGAAUGAGAGGCUUUUAUUGACAACAGCCAGAAGUCCCCAAACAGCUCGAACAUCAAGUGUUCCACUAAGGCGGCAGAACGCAAUUCGUAUUAGAAGUAUGUUGAAUGCAGAGGAUAGUGAAGGGACCAAAAGGAGUGAUCUGAAAGAGGUACUUGAUUUGGAAGCUAAACUGUUGCAAAAAGAAAUACAUUCACUUUUGGAAACUAUCGAACGUACAAGAAAAGAAUCGCCCUUGUUUCCAAAUAAUCUUCAUAAACCAUUUAGUAUUCGCUAUUUUGCUAGUUUAAAGAACCACAUGCAGGGGUGUCUGCUUGAUGGUAAUAAGAGUGCAGACCAAAUGAUGGAUGAGUUUUUGUGGAAACGGGUCAACAAAAUGCUUUUCUUAAAGAAGAAGUUGCCUCUGCCACCAGCUUCCAAGAAAAGAAGCAAAAGGGAGGAGGGACCAAGCUGCAAGCGUCAGAAAAAAAACCACGUUGAGGCUAACGAUUCAGUCGAACUGGGUAUAGCUCUGUACCCCUAUUUUUACUUUGAUAAGAAUAUUUUGGUAGAUGGCUUACACUCCAGCUACUUCCAAUCAGGAUCUAAUUACCGAAUUAGCCUUGAUUGCUCUGAGUCCAACUCAUGUGACAUCAAGUUUGUUAAUGUCAACUCCGGCGUAGAUGGGAUUUUUAAUAUAGACUCAGAGUGCAGUUUAGAGUCCUUGCUCCUCAAGUUACACAAUUUUGCUAAAUUUUUUUGUGGAAUGUCCAAUAAUUCAUACCAACUUCCCAAAAGCAAAAUACUUAUAAGAAAAUUGAACGUAUUGGACCGAAUUUCAGUAGAUGACAAUAUUAUUUUUAAAAAGCUAAGCGUAAAUUCGAUACUUGUUCCAUUUGAAGGAAGGGUAGUUGAUUUUAAAACUAACGAUUUGAGAUUUUUGAAUCUGGAAAAGCCACUUUCAGCUAGAUUCAACUCAAAUAAAGUCAAAGUUCAACUCUCAGAAUGGAUGAAGAUUAACCCAUUUGUUCAAUUCAGAGAAACUUUUUUUCACAACUUCCUUCAACACUUGGACCAGGAUUUGGCAAAGUUUUCUGAUAUUGAAAUACGAAAGUCAAAGAAAACUGAGGCUUUACAUUUAACAAAGGAGUUCAAAUCGAAUCUUUCUGAAAUCACAAAGUAUUUUGGUUACCUAAAGAACGCCUCAGUUUCAGAGAAGCUGGAGAAACAAAGAUGCCGAAGGCACAAUGAUAUCUUUGUAGAGGACUGGGAAAGAAAUCUAGCAUUGAAGUUGGCAGAAGUAGUUACCAAGGAUGAUUGCGAUACAUUAAUAACCUUGCAACUCAACUAUGCAUUAUUCACCAUAGAGGUUGAUAUAUCUAAAUACUUGGACACCUUCAUCAAUACAAUCCUAGCACAUACCGAGGGCGAAUAUGUCGACAACUACAGAAAGGUUUACAACAACAUUUUAAAAGAUGAUACAGAAAGCACAAAAGCUAUCCUCCUUUGCUCGAUCAAUAAACGAACAGGAAGAUUAGAAAUUCACAAUACUUUCUCCCAUUUACAUCACAGACACAUGGCGAGACACUCCACAGGGAUUAUACUAACUACAAACCCGUUCUUAAAUGAAAAUACAGGAAGAAACACCUAUGUUUAUGAUGAUUUUGAUUUGUUUGAAGAGCCAGUGCCUGUAAACUCAGAUACGUUCAAUAAACGGUUCCUCAACAACCAGCCAGAAGAAAUCCUUGAUAAACUUACAGGAUAUGUGACUCCGAGUCUACCAGUAUUUGAUACCGUAUAG